AUGACUAAUGUUUCUCAGCCUGCCUUCAACGCCCCGUCUGAGUUUAGCAAGAAGGCCUCUAAUGAUGUUUAUGCCCAUAUUCGUAAUCUCAUGUGGGAUCCCAAGCUGAAAACAAGAAAUCAAGCUGAUAUCCUGGCAAAUGAGAGUAAGCCCAGAUGGAAUACAAAUGUUUUCUUUUACAAGUCGCCAAACAAGGAGUUGGUGGUGCGACUUCUUGAAAACUUGAAGCGCAAGUUUACCCAUGAGAGAUUUAGAGAGGCAGACUUGAGAGCAAGACUGCACAAAAACUUCACCAGCUGGGUUUCAAAAGCAAGAAGAACCGAAGAGGAAAUAAAAGCAACAAACACUCGUUCAAGAAGGGCAGGACGUGCCAGAGAUAAUCAUACUCGCCGUUUACUUGCAUACACAGACAACAAAGAAGCAAUUGAUCUACAAAUGAAGAGAGAUUGUGACUUCACAAUACAAAUGGCAGCAAUGUCCGAUGGAGAAUCUGCAGAUGAAGACUUUGAGAAUCGCACGAAGAGCAUCAUCAAGAUUGUUCGGCCAGGAUGGAGAAGUGACGAGAUAUAUUAUUUUAUAUUAAUAAUUAUGUCUUAUUAUAAAAAAUAUAAAUUCAAUACUCUCAUUAAACUCGUUGAUGAGUAUGUUAUUGAAGCAAUGGGGUCAAGUGCUUCUCAAAUGAAGGAGAGGGUUUUCCCCAGUGUGUCCAAUACAGCAGUCCCAGAUGACAUAACCCCCAAAUUUCCUCAGUGGGCCCUUAGAGACGGGUAUUAA